AAUUCCUGCAGGCCGAUGGAAAGUUGGCCUGCGUGUUGCUCGUACCAUAGGAAUUUAAACGGGGAUAUAGGUAUAAGAACACGGAGACGGGGAGUCGUUCGAGGUAGUGUGAGGCAUAAACGCGCCGGCACCACACCCAGCGUGACCACCAUUGCGACACGGGACACGGAUACGAUACGGGAUACGGCCAUGCGCGUCGCGGUGAUCUUGUUGGCAUUCGUCACCGCGUUGGUUUCGGCCCAAUUUAACCAGGACAUUGACGGUGGUUCGCCACCAAGGAGUUUACCAGCCCCUUUGAGAUCAGCACGGUUCCAGAGGCUACCAUCAGCCAGGCCAGCUAUCCCAACGCAGGCUGCACUUGUAAAUCAGCGACUUGCAGGUGCACGUCGACCUAUUACAUUCAGGCCCAAAGGAGCUGAAGAUUCCGUAGCAACAGGUCCAGGAGCUUUAACGUCAUUCAAGCCCUUACGACCUAACUUGCCCAAUCUACCAAGUGGGCCACCAUCCCUCCCUCAGCACGUAAAACCAGUGAACGAAGAGCCGGAGGAAGAUGUGCGAAACCGAGAUACGGCACGUGAUCACAGUAACCAGGACGACGAUUCGGAAUUAAGCGAGGAACAGAGUGAGAGUCAAGACGAGAGCGAGGAGAACGUGCCACGUGCCAUAGCAAAUCUUGGAGCAGUUGGCUCGAUAUCCAGAACUUCUGGGCCCACAGCUCAAUCACUUCCGGUACAGUACCGUCCUCAAACAUCUUCACUGCCAACUGGCAGAGGGGGUGGAAUACAAGCUACACCGGCUCCACAACCUGUACAGUACAGGCCAGCUCCUAAACCUAACAAACCCAGGAAACCUAUAGAGGAGCCCUUCAAGCAACAAGUGAAAGCUCCUACAAAAGUUGUGAAGACUGCACAGUCUUAUGAUGGCCGUGGAAAGAAACCAGUUGCACAGAUUAUCAGACGAUAUCGCAACGAUAAUCCGGAUGGCUCAAUCACUUGGGGCUUUGAGAAUGACGAUGGAUCUUACAAAGAAGAAAUAAUUGGCAUCGAUUGCAUCACUAGGGGUAAAUAUGGUUACAUAGAUCCAGACGGUAUCCGACGUGAAUACACUUACGAAACUGGCAUUAAGUGUGACGAAGAACAACGCAUAGAAGAUGAAGAGAACGGGUUUGUCGAUUAUCAAGAAAACAAAUUAGUACUCCCCGACGGCAAAACCAUUGAUCUUUCUAGCAUGGGUAAAAAACAAGGACGCAGGCCUAAUUACGUUCACAGAAAUUAAAAAACUUUCUAUUUAAUUCUUUUCUUCGUUUGAAAGAAAACACGUUUAAAAGUUAUCCAAGAACAACGAAGAAAAUAGUUUCCUGAGCUCUUAUCGUUACAAUAAAAUAUAAUAUAAAUUAAAUUUGUACCGCCCUAUUUGACGAAGAAAAAGUAUCGAAUGAAGAGAAUCGUAUACGGACAAAAAACAUUAAAUAAUUUAUUUCAUUUAAAUAUCGAUUUACUAAUACAAAUUUUGUUGCAUUUUCUUCGUGUUGUUCGAAAUCUGUUAAAUAGAAUUAUUUAGUAUGUAUGUAAUAUUGUGUACAUAUAAAUGUAGGUACCUGUAUUGAGUCAAUCGAAUAAAGAUCACAAAAUAUAUGUGAUGCGUUGUGCAAUGUUA